AUUUAUCGAUGUGGAUAAUUGCGUGCUCAUUAUAAAGUACGAAACGAGUUUUCCCUUGUCGCAAAGUUGGCCAGCAUUGUUGGAUUCUACACAGCAACAGAAAGAACAGUGACGUUGUGAAUCGGAAAAGCCUGAGACGUUGCCUGAGUCACUCAAAAUCACGUCUGCAUGUGCGGCGCAUCGCGUGAUAAUCAUGUCACUAAUUUAGAAAAUAUAAAGUUAUGUAUACAGCAUUGAUUUACAGCCAAACGAGAGUCUAUCGCCCCAUACAAUGAAUUCCUAUCGUGACCUUUGGCCUUGCUCUAGUUGAUGUGACUCAUAGCAUUUUUAAAUAAAUACCAGCGGCGACAGGAACAUAUGGCACAAAUUCCAAUAUUCUCUCCUCGUCCACAAAACUCUUCGUACGAAAUGAUGUUACCUCUUUGAUAAAGCGCUGUCGACACAGCGAUUGAAUCACUAUGACAAAAAGCUUCUAGAUAAGGCAUUUCUUCAUCAACCGGUGAUCUUCCAAAUUGCCAAACAAAUAAAAGGCACACAAUGGCCAGCAUUAAUAGUUGGCCUGAGAUGGCAAGAGUUGCAAAAAACGACCUCCAGGAGUUAUAGUGUUAAAGUGGGGAUGACAAAAAGAGUUUUUGUACAAGAAAACGACGAAAAAAGCGAAAAUGUAAACAAAACAAAUAGUGGACGCACAUAAGUAGCCGUAGCUUUAUCGCAUAGUGUUGUAUAUGUAAUUCUUUCGAAAUUCCUCUACUAUUAAUUGGCUGAACUUGUACUUGUUUCAGUAUUUUUUAUUACUCGAGGCAUUCAAAUGCUAGAAUAAUUGUGAAUCUAUUUUAAGAGAAAUCUUCGCACUUGUGCAGAAAUUGUGGUUUAGCCAAAAUGUAUAUUUACUGAGUUUAUGAUUGAGCAUUUAACACUUCAGUCGAUAUCCUUAUUCUAGCAUGCUUAAUGCUCGCCAGUUGAUGAAUAAGAUCAAACAUUGUAAGAUAUUUAUAUAAUAAUAUAAAAUAUUUAAAACAGAACUUAGAUAACGCUGAGAGCAGAUGAACAUUUUGAUUUAUUUAUUUAACUAUUUAUAUUACUCAAUAAAUUAGCUUGACCGAAGAUCGAUCUGUUUAAAACUGCUUGCUAAAUAGUAUCUAUAAUUAAUUUCACUCUGCCGACAAUUUUAUUAUCAGUGAAACCAAUCUAAUUUUUCCAUUCACCUGAAAUUGAUAAAUUUCAUUCCACCAUUUGUUAGUUUCUGUUAUCCUUAAUGCAUUUUCCAUUAACAACUACGUAAAAUCGACAUAUUUCGUUUAUUAUAUGACAAUAAUAGUGAAACUCAUCGUAUUUGUACAAUCUACUGAUGCAAUUGAACGUACACAAGAUUUGAAGUAUUUGUUCACUAAUUGACUUCUCCAUUGAGAAAAAAAACAUACUAAAUGCUCAAAAACAAGGUAGAAAUAUCAAAUAAAUAAACCUCUAUUUCGCUUAUCUCAUUUAUUGUGCAUGGAAAAAAGUAAUAUUCUGCUUCUCUCCAAUCAGUCCAGAGAAAGUGCAUUUUCUACCUUUGCAACGGUUGCUGCAUUAAUAGGUUUUGCUUUUAAACAACCAUCUCAUGCUUCUUCAGCUUUAUUUCCCUUUUCUUAUACACUUUCUGCCACUGCGCGCCUUUUUGUGCCAAAUUAAAAUAUAUACACUAUUGUUUGCAACAAUAAUCAUCAUUUCCAAUUACAACGUGUAGGCAACAUAAUAGAAUUGCUUUGAGCAGAAUAUUCCUGAGCAUUUAGGAAGAAGAGCCGUCACGAAAAUGCUCUCGUAGCUCUCAAGAGUGGUAAUCUUGGACAUCACAAGCGGUCAGUGAAGCGAACGUGAGCGCUACAAUUGAUCCCACACACACUGUGCUUGAGCGUUGCAUAAGGGCGGGCAAGAGAGGAGUGCAGCAACUGCAGCCGUGAUUGACGCAUCAAAGCGCCAGCGAAUUGGCGGGCAAAAGACAACCGGAAGACAAGUGCAUUGAAUCUGAAAGGGUAUCAUGAGAUCGACAGUGAAGCACUUGUUGCACUGCACUUUCCUUGUCGUGUUCAUUGCCGCCUUUGAAGUAUACUCUGGAGCGAUACGCCUCGAUCCGGACGCCUUCAUCACGAUCGAUCCGCGCGAAGCGUACGGGGACAUUGGGUGUGUUGCCCUCUAUUUCUUGCGCCUUCUCACACUCCUGACACUGCCGCAGGUGUUCUUCAACUUCUGCGGUCUCGUCUUCUACAAUGCCUUCCCGGACAAAGUUGUACUUAAGGGAUCGCCACUGCUGGCGCCCUUCAUAUGCAUACGCGUGGUGACACGCGGGGACUUUGCAGAUUUAGUUAAGACCAAUGUCAUGAGGAACAUGAACCUGUGCUUGGACACAGGCUUGGAGAAUUUCCUCAUUGAAGUCGUCACCGACAAGCCACUCAAUCUGCCUAAACAUCGACGAAUACGCGAAAUAGUCGUGCCGAAGGCAUAUAAAACAAAAAGUGGAGCCCUGUUCAAGUCACGCGCUCUGCAGUAUUGUUUAGAGGAUUCUGUGAAUGUACUAAACAACAACGAUUGGAUUGUGCACCUGGACGAGGAGACACUCCUCACGGAAAACAGUAUUCGUGGUGUGACGAAUUUCGUGCUGGACGGCAAGCAUCCUUUUGGUCAGGGACUCAUUACGUAUGCCAAUGAGAACGUUGUAAACUGGCUAACAACACUUGCGGACAGUUUCCGUGUGAGUGACGACAUGGGAAAGCUGCGCUUUCAAUUUAAAUUUUUCCACAAGCCCCUCUUCAGUUGGAAAGGAAGCUACGUCGUGAGUCUGGUGGCCGCCGAGAGGGACGUGACUUUCGACAAUGGAAUCGACGGCUCCGUGGCUGAGGAUUGCUACUUUGCGAUGCGCGCCUUUAGCAUGGGCUACACGUUCAACUUCAUCGAGGGCGAGAUGUACGAGAAGAGCCCUUUCACGCUCAUGGAUUUCAUUCAGCAGCGCAAGCGGUGGCUCCAGGGAAUCCUGCUGGUGGUGCAUUCCAAGGGGGUGCCGCUCAAGUACAAAUCCCUCCUGCUGCUCAGCAUCUAUUCCUGGGUCACGAUGCCACUGGCCGCCUCAAAUAUCAUCUUUGCCGCCCUCUAUCCCAUCCCGUGUCCGCAGUUCUUUGACUUCCUCUGCGCCUUCAUCGCCGCCGUGAACAUCUACAUGUACAUCUUCGGCGUGAUAAAGUCUUUCUCGCUCUAUCGCUUUGGGCUGGUGAAAUUUAUUUUAUGUGCCGCCGGCGCGAUAUGCACAAUUCCUAUAAAUGUCAUGAUAGAAAAUAUAGCCGUGAUUUGGGGUUUGAUGGGAAAGAAGCACAAAUUCUAUGUGGUCCAAAAAGAUAUUAGGCCUCUGGUCACAGUGUAAAGUAGGAGGUGAUCAAUCACAUUAGACACGAUAACUAAUUCUCUACUGUACAUAUAGACACAAGUAGUGUAUAAGGGAAAUUGCAGCAUGUGUGCUUUUAAUGCAAGUAAAGGGACAAUUUUUUACAUUGUCACGUGAAAUUUUCAUAGAAUUUCUGUUUAUGUUUCAUUUUAUUCUUUCGAAUAAUUUUUGCACCAAAUAUUUAAAAUUAUAAGUGAAAUUUUAGGUGGUAAAUUUUGCAAUAAGUAUUUGUUUACGCGUGAAAAAAAAUGUGAAGUGUGCGAGAGGGCUUGUUACACAUCUAAAUAUAAAGAAAAAAAAUUUAGUAUUAGUAGAAGUAUGGAAAAAGCUUCAGAUUAUAUUCAAUAUUUAUUGAAGGAAUCACAAACCAUCGCUUUGAAGGGAAUUUUUUAUUUCUAAAAUUCAAGUCCGCCCACGAGACUUUGAUAUCAAGCUUCCAUCCAACGCAAAUGUUAUAUAGUUUGUAACUUAUAUUACUGAUUACUUGCAAUUAGUGAUGUUUUAUUGUUCAAUAUGCAACACCCAACUUAAUUUUCAAGCCAGAGGAAACUCAUAUUUUGCUAGUGAAUCAUUUUUUAAACCAUUUGUACAGUCUAUAAAUACCGUGAGCAGAUAAUAAAAGAGUGCUUAAUGCUGAAGUACAUAAAAAGAAAGGUGUUAUUUCUUAUAGAAGCUGCGCAAGAUCAAAAAAUAAAAAGAGUAAAUCAGGCUCUAGAAAAGAGAUACAAAUUGACAAAUGUAUUGAAUCUCUCGACAAGAAAACAAACGACUUUUUAUUUUAGUAUUGUGAGUAUUGUACUGAUCUACACUUACUAUGCGUUAUGACAUUCCCACAUUCGCUAAAUUUAUGAUUUUUUGGGCAAUAAGAGUUGAGAAAACAAAAAAUGUAAAAGGAAUGUUAAAAAAUUAGCAAAGACCAUUUAGAAGAGUAUACCCAGAAAUAUAAUGCGUUAGAGUAGAGAGAAACGGGAAGUUUAACACAAAUUAGCUCGGCAAUAGAGAAAAUUCGAAUAUGUUAAGACUAUAUGUAGGUAAUAAAAAUCUAGUCGCGUUUUUAUCACUUGCAGACGUUGUAAAUAUAUAUUUUACAUAAUGUCGGAAGUUAGAUUACUUCCAGGGACUCACGAGGAACAAAUAGCAGAACAAAUAGCUACAUUGAUUGAUUGAUUCAAAAAGAUGCUUUGAUUUCGCCGUGAAGCAUGUAAAGCUCUCAAAAUGAGAGUUCUUUGAUCAAAAUUAACAUAGGAUUUCUUACUUAAUUGUUGAAGAAGUAAUGCAAUUGAGAGCUGUAAGGAUGUGAACAUUUUGAAAUAAAAAUUACUAUGUGCAGAA